AUUACAGUGGCUAGUUGAUCAUGUUAAGGCCAUGUGUUUAAGAAUCGGCAAUGGUCUAGGCAGUCCACAGAACACUGGCAGUCUAGGUGGUCUAGGUGUUGUGUCAGUUCUGUCACAUUGUGUGGCGUGUGGCUGGAUGUGGCCCCAGCCCUGUGUGGCCCAUGUGAUCACAAUCAGCCUUGCGCCGCGCGGUCUUCUUUGGUUGGUGUCCCGUGGUGUUUACGGCUUGGAGGAGAGGUUGUGAAAGGGAUGUGAAUUGUGCACAUGUAAGUCCAUUAUGCGAACCAUUUUGCUCGGGUCCGACUAGUGCCCGCAGCCUCUCACAAUGGUGAUACUUCCUAAUGUCUCAUUUAUUUCAAGACGCGUUUGUUUAAUUACGCUGCAUCCCUGUUCUCGCCGCCAGUUUUCUCCAGCGCUUGGAUCCAAGUUGUGUGCGCACCGAACAAAUAACUCGCUAAUUACCGCACGAAAUUUUACCGAAACCGAUUGCAUAGAGUUCGAAAAAUAUGUGCAGAGCAGCUCCUAUGUAGAGCAGCAGCCCAAGUUUGCCCUGCUCAACUUGCCACGUGUGGGUCAUGAUGUUCUUAUAGUGCAGCCUCGAAUUAAAAAGGGGCGCCGGUUGAGGACGGACACUACCACCGCUUUGCAGCUUGCUGAAGCGGUCGCCUUGUUGGAAACGUUACCGGGAUGGAAAGCCGCGGGAAGGCUGACGCUUAAGACUGACAACGACAUGAGGAAGCUAAUAUUCAAGUCGGGAAACCUGGAAAGAAUUCGGGACAGCGUGAAGGAGAAGUCCGCCACUGCCAUUUUCAUCAAUUUCGAUAUCCUUACAGGCGUCCAGCACGCAGCGCUUCAGGAGUUCUUUCGCCUGCCCAUUUACGACAGGUACACUGUGGUGCUGAAUAUAUUUCGCAACCAUGCUCGCACGAAAGAAGCCAAGCUGCAGAUCGCUCUUGCCGAGAUACCGUACUACCGCGCCCGUAUCUGGCAUCUGCACAAGGGUACAGGCCGCAAUACGUUUGGCACUGGCCAGACCUACUACGAGCGACAGCAGCAGCAGCUGCAGACCCGCGAAGGGGCACUGCGCAGGCAACUGGUGGAACUGAAGGGAGAGCGUAGCCUGUUGCGUAAGAAGAGACGCCAGCUGGAGUUCCCGACUGUGGCCGUCGUUGGAUACACGAACGCCGGAAAGACUGCGCUCAUUAAACGACUCACGGACGACGAUCGUCUGCAGCCGCGUGACCAGCUCUUUGCCACGCUUGACGUCACUGCGCAUGCGGGUCGACUGAACAUGCUGAAGUGUGUUCUCUACAUGGACACUGUCGGCUUCAUCUCGGACAUACCAACGACUCUGGUGGCAUCCUUCGCGUCCACACUCGAGGAUGUCGUUCUCGCAGAUGUCAUCGUGCAUGUACUCGACCUGAGCCACCCCGACCGCGAUGCUCAGCGCAGUAACGUUCUCGAGACAUUGGACAAAAUAGGUGUGCCGCCUAAGCUUCUCGACAGCAUUAUUGAAGUGGGAAACAAGGUCGACUUAUUGUCAUCGGCGUUGCCUGAGAACGGACGGGAGUGUAUACCUAUUUCAUGCAUUGACGGCACAGGGCUCGCUGAACUGCGGGUCGUCAUCGAGCAGAGGCUCAUCAAAAACACUGGCCGGUCAGUGGCAAGGUUUCGGGUUCCCACAGGAGGUUCAGAGUACAGCUGGCUGUAUAGGGAGGGCACUUUCGUUUCAUGCAUUGUGGAUGCUCAUGACAGCAAUUAUUCCAUUGUAGACGUUGUACUUUCAACUGCUGCAAAGGCAAAGUUUAAACACCUUUAUGGAAGUAUGUGUGCAGUGGACUAAAGAAAGUGCCUACUUAGGUCACAGUUCAAA